UGGGGAAAAAAGAGAGAAAGAGAGAGAAAUGGAUUCGCUAGUAGGGAAGAACAGGUAUUGGGUGCUCCGCCACGGCAAGAGCAUUCCCAACGAGAGAGGCCUCAUCGUCUCUUCCAUGGAACAUGGUGUGCUCCCCGAGUUCCAGUUAGCGCCUGACGGUGUCGAUCAGGCUCGUCUCGCCGGCGAAUUGUUCCUCCAGCAACUCAAGGAAAAUAACAUAGAACUGGACAAGGUCCGCAUUUGCUACUCUCCCUUCUCCAGAACCACUCACACCGCUAGGGUUGUUGCUGAGGUCCUCAAUCUCCCCUUUGAUUCUCCUCAAUGCAAGAUGAUUGAAGAUUUGCGAGAACGCUAUUUUGGACCUACAUUUGAACUCAAGUCACAUGACAAGUACCCAGAGAUAUGGGCUCUUGAUGAGAAAGAUCCAUUCAUGAAACCAGAAGGAGGUGAGAGUGCUGCUGAUGUUGUUUCCAGACUUGCCACUGCCAUGGAAUCCAUGGAAGCUGAUUAUCAAAGUUGUGCAAUUCUGGUGGUCAGUCAUGGAGAUCCUCUGCAGAUGCUACAGAACGUCUUCCAUUCAGCAAAGCUACAGAAAGGAGAUGAUGGUCUGGCUCAGAGGAUUCAGAUGAGCAGAGUUGCUUCUGUUUUGUCUCAGCACCGCAAGUUUGCUUUGCUCACUGGGGAACUCCGCCCUCUCAUCUGAUCUGACAGGGCUAUAAAACUAUUCAAAACUAUUCAAAACUAUUCUUUAUUGCUAUAAAACUAUUCAAACUUUUUGGCAUGUCUGUUUCCUGCAACUCAGUCUUGUUAUUGCUAUUGCUUAACAUGGGAAUAACAUAUUAUUUCGUUUCAAA